UCCUCGGAAAAAAGACACGAUCCGGUCCGUCCGUUGCAGGUCGGGCGGGAGGCGGCGAUGGAGAAACUGCGGCAGCUGCGAGUGGGCUUCAUCGGGGCGGGGCGCAUGGCCAGCGCUGUGGCCCAGGCGAUCCUGCUGGCAGGAAAAGCCGGAGCCUCUUUAUUACGACACACAGAAACCCCCUCCCGGGAAGGACACCGGGGUCGAUGGCACCAAAAGUGGCUCAGGACGCCAUCGGAAGGAACAGGGUCAUUCUCCCCGGGGCCAGCGUCCAGCAUCAGUCAUCUACCGAGGCAACCAAGGCAGUUUCAGUCCCAAAACCAGGUUGGAAACCAGACUAAAAGGGCUGAAGAUAAUCUCCCUUUCCCAGGAAAUCCUGGAGUAGGGUCAACACCCCACACCCAAACAUCUUGUUCAAAAAUGGAAUGUUGGCGACCAGACGGAGAAGUCCAGGCAGUGAACAUCUUUGCCAGUGCUCCAUCCAACAGGAACCUGGAAAAGUUCCAGACUUUUGAGUGCAAGACAACACACUGUAACUUGGAAAUUCUGGAGAACUGCACCAUCGUAUUCCUGGCUACCAAGCCCGAUGUGCUCCCCGCGGUUCUGCGAGAGAUCGCAUCUGCUGUCACCAAAAAACACGUUGUUGUCUCCAUGGCAGCUGGAGUCACACUGCAGGCCUUAGAAGAGCUGCUUCCGGCUGGGACCAAAGUGCUGCGGAUCAUGCCCAACCUUCCCUGCGUGGUCCAGGCGGGCGCCACCGUUGUGGCUCGGGGCACCUGCGCUGAUGAAGAGGAUGUGGCCCUGCUGAAGAGGCUGCUGUCUCACAGCGGGCUGUGUGAAGAGGGCCCCGAAUCCUACAUCGACAUCCACACGGGGCUGAGCGGCAGCGGCGUUGCCUAUGCGUACAUGUUUGCUGAAGCAUUGGCGGAAGGUGCCGUAAAGAUGGGGAUGCCGACAGCUAUGGCCCAGAAGAUUGCUGCUCAGACCCUCUUGGGAGCAGGAAAAAUGAUCCUCGAAACAGGAGAGCACCCAGCGGUUCUGAGAAGUGCUGUUUGCACCCCAGGGGGAACGACCAUCCACGCUUUGCAUGAGCUGGAAAAGGGGUCUCUUCGCUCUACCGUCAUGAACGCUGUGGAGGCAGCCACCAGCCGCGCUCGGACAUUGGGCAAGCGAUAAGAGAGGGUGGGCAUGUGGUAGCCUUGGCGAUGGAGGCCCCUGCAUCUUAUGUGUGGGAUCAGGAUGGAGAACCAUCUGAAAGAAGAUAGGGAAGAAUUCUGGGGCAGGUGGCCUGGAGCUGUGGCACAUCUGAAUUUCAUAAUGCGGUCUGUUUGGAAGAUUGACACUCAUGGGAUUCCCCCCCCCCCAGUGACUCCACAGCAAGGGAAGAAUCCACACUGGUGGCAAUCAUCAUCUCUCUCCGAGCCCUCAAUAUUAUUAAACACACCCAACUCCAGGCUUCCUAUUGACAUGUUGGCUUCUCUUGUGUCCUUAUUAUGUACCAAAGUUACCUGAGCAUACAAGCACUAGCAGAAACGAGCCUUUUGCACUGUAAAAUGUAAAGGACCCCUGACAGUCAAGUCCAGUUGUGAACGACUCUGGGGCUGCGGCGCUCAUCUCGCUUUACUGGCCGAGGGAUCCGACGUUUUGUCUGCAGAUAGUUUUUCUGGGUCAUGUGACCAGCAUGACAAAGCUGCUUCUGGCAAACCAGAGCAGUGCAUGGAAAUGCCGUUUACCUUCCCGCCGGAGAGAUACCUAUUUAUCUACUUGCACUUUGACAUGCUUUCAAACUGCUAGGUUGGUAGGAGCAGGGACCGAACAACGGGAGCUCAUAGAAUCAUAGCGUUGGAAGAGACCACAAGGGCCAUCCAGUCCAACCCCCUGCCAAGCAGGAAACGCCAUCAAAGCAGUCUUGACAUAUGCCUGUCAAGCCUCUGCUUAAAGACCUCCAAAGAAGGAAACUCCACCACACUCCUUGGUAGCAAAUUCCAUAGCUCUUAUUGUCAGGAAGUUCUUCCUAAUGUUUAGGUGGAAUCUUCUUUCUUGUAGUUUGAAUCCAUUGCUACAAGAAAGAAGAUUCCACCUAAACGUUAGGAAGAACUUCCACCUAAACAUUAGGAAGAGCUCACCCCGUCGUGGGGAUUCGAACCACCGACCUUCCGAUCGGCAAGCCCUAGGCUCAGUGGUUUAGACCACAGCGCCAGCCGAGUCCCUGUUUUCCACGGUACCUCCCUUUAAAAGAAGCUGCACUUCUGGUACAGAGGAUGGUGUUGAUGGAAGUAGCAAAGGAACACAUCUGGCAGAGUAAACAUCAAUUGCAGAUGAACCAAAGACUGGCUGGUUAAAUAAGAACAUAAGGAGAGCCUGCUGGAUCAGGUCCGCGGCCCAUCUAGUCCAGCAUCCUGUUCUCACAGUGGCCAACCAAAUUUGUCCUCUAUUGGGAAGCCCAUAAGCAGGAUCCAAGCACAAAGAGCCCUCUCCCUGUGGCUUCCAGCAAACUGGCAUUCAGAAGCAUAGCCCUUGUGGCUCACAGCUAUUGGUAGUGCACUGAAGCGCCUUAGGAGCAUAGAAGCUGCAUUAUAUUGAAUCAAUAUUUACGCUGACAAAACAGCAACCGUUUCAGAGUUCUUUCCCACCUCUUCCUGGGGUUGGCUGCGAAUAGAGUGCGAUACUUUCUAAAUGUGCUCUGCCACUGAGCUAUAGGUGUCCUACGUGGACCUAACACAGCAUAGGGUUGAGCUGGAAGUGUUAAAAAGGGACCGAAAUUGUACAUUGCUCACAGUGCAAGGGAGACAGGACUUUUCCUUUCACAGGUUCCGAUCGGGCCCAGGCAAGCGUGCUUCGUUCAAAGUUUGUGCAUGUGCUGUGAUCUGGGGUGCCACUUGUUGUGGUCAUGUUGGAUUGCUGUGAGAAAUUAUGACGAAUGGAGCAAGCCAUUGUGUCAUGAUGAAAGCAUCUCUUCCAAUUUUCCCUAGGCCCGGCAGUCACGCAUUCACACAAACCAUUUGCUUACUUGCCAGGCAUCCUUUCAAAGCAUCUUGCCUACCGUAAAGAUAUAAGAUAGCUUUGAUGUAGCUCUGUAGGUAGAUUUCUUUCCUUUCCUGAGUUUAUUGCCCCCGGGAUUUCCGAAGGGCAUUCCUUCCUUGCCCUCUGUUUAUCUGUUUUAUUAUGCAUGCUUCAAAGUAGUCUUUGUAGUUUUAAAUAAGUUUAUUAUUACCUCACUCUGCCCCACGUGGCAUUUUGAAGUGUCCAGAGAGAAUUUGAUUGGUUCUUACAAGAUGCUGCGCUGAAAUUAUUUUGUUAAUAAAAACAACCUGACACAGGGAGAGAGGCAGGCACUUUGCAUGCACUUCCCACAUGCUCAGAGUCUUGCAGGAGAAGCCUCAUGUGCUUCUCUUUUGUUAUUACUCAGGAGCCAGUUCCUCAACUGCUUUCGGGACCCAACCUGUGAUGCCAAAAAAAAGAAAACGUGUGAGGCGAAGAAAGAAACCGUGUGAGGCCACAGAAGGAACUUCUGCACUGGAUUCCCCUCAGAAGUUAGCAGCUAUCCCUGGGCAGUGUGGACCCCCCCUGCAAAAGGUCCAUGGGCUGAACGAUCUCAUUCGCUUGGAAAAAGCCCCAAAUAUCCCUUCAGGUCCCUUGUGGUCACCAAGAUCUGCAGAAUACAGUUCUGGAGCUGGCAAUGGCCAUGACCCUGGCUGCACCCCUAGAGGCUCAGCGAACUCGUGGGAAAGCUCAACGUGCCCGACCUCUUCCUCAUACGGCUGCUGGCUGUCCGAAAGGAACCUGGAGAAUGCUGAAGACUUUGCUUCUGAUGAUGCCUAUUCAUAUGGCACAUGACACAAACAUGGGGAGGUGUUUUUCUGAUUGGAUUCAGAAAGGUCUCCUUCAAUAUGCCAAUCUGCAUGAUUGGGGGGAAAAUAAUGAAAACAUUACCUCCUGAUGCUAUUUCAUUAUACACACCUAGAGUUACUACCACACCAGAUACCUAUUAUGGUAAAAUUGUGAAUUGUUGUAAAAAAAAAUGAGUCAUUGUUUGCACACAGGAACUCUAGCCUGGAAUUGCACUCAUGUUCAGCAGAUAACAUUCAGUUAUGUUGAAUGUUCGCUUACCAGAUGGUUGGUUUUUAACAUGUAAUCAAAAGAAGUUAUAAUUACAUUCCUGCCAUUCUGUCUGAUACUCCGUGCUUCCUCAGUAGGCUGACAUUGAUCAAGACUGGUCGGUCAGCUUUAGAACUGGAUAGAUUCGAACCUGGCUCAUAUAUGGUUUAUUAGUUGUUACUAUUUUAAUUAGCAUUUGCUGUUUUACACAAUGCAUUCCUUCUUGACUUUCCUUUAUAUCAAAAUAAGAAAAAUAAAACAAAACAAAACAUAAAAACGGUGAGAUGUGGUGGUCAUGUCGAGAGCUGGGUAUGUUUAGCCUGGAGAAGAGAAGGCUAAGGGGUGAUAUGAUAGCCAUGUUCAAAUAUAUUAAAGGAUGUCAUAUAGAGGAGGGAGAAAGGUUGUU